AUAGACAUUUAUUCAUACACAAAACGAUUGCCUCAUAGAUUCCGAACGACACAAACAUCACUCAUUUUCUUUCUUGCGCGAAACGUGAAUAUAAAAAAAUAUUUCUGACAUUUUCAGUCCGAUUGUUUAAUAAUUUAAUCUUUAUUUAACAAAAACCCAACGAACUUUCAAAGUGUAUAUAAGUGUUGUUGAAGAAUCAAUCGUCAAACUGUUCUUUAAUCGCUUUCCUGUUGUUGAUUAUUGUUUAAUUAAUGAUGAACUCUUCUUAUUUAAAAAAAUGUCGAUUGUGCUUCGCAUCUGAAGGAAUAAAUGACGCUACCAGUGAUUUUUCUCUGGACCUUAUAAAAAAAUACUACAAUGUAGAAAUUAAAACCACUGAUACGUACACAAAAAACUUGGUAUGCCAAGAUUGCACCGAUAAUAUACAACAUUUUUUGAUGCAUGAAGAAAUGGUUCGCCUUGUCCAAGCUCAAUUACCUAAUCGUCUCACUUAUUAACACACGCAGAUGGGAGGCUUGAACAAAGGGUGGUUGACCGAUUUGAAUGACUUGUGUCGUUUGUGCGUCUUUUUGAUUGGCGAGAAUGACAUUACAUCCGAUUCCGAAAUCACCGCAGUGAUAAAGCAACAUUAUGAUAUUGACUAUGAGGUGGAUUAUGAAUAUUCCAAAGAGCUAUGCAGAAAAUGCAUGUCAGUGGUUCAUAAUAUUCUUGUGCAUAAGACCAGAGUUCGUUCAGGACAAGAUUGGUUGAAAGAGAUGUUACGAUUGUCUGAAAAAGCAAUCAGUUUUAAAAUGGAGCAAGAAGGUCCCACGAAGAGCAAAAGAAAACGCAUUGAAGAGAUCGCGAAGUUCCAAGAAGAACAAAAAAAAACGCUAGCCAUGCAAGUAGUCAGUUCAACAAGUACACCCAGUCCAGAUGGAACCAUACCAGAAGUUGACAAAAGCGAGGAGGAAGACAAUGAAUAAACGAAAAGGAAACAUACAAAAAUUCAAACAAAUAUUUCAUUAGUUUCAACAACGGGUGAUUCAAUUUCUUUGUUUUUUCCCAUAAUAGCAUGUAUCAUGAAUAUAAACAAGAAAACAUAGGGUGAAAUCGCUACAAUUGAAUUUAGAGAAUUUAAAGCUAGUUAAAAAUAACAAAAAGAAACAGAACAAAAAAAUAAUGAAAAAAAAGCAUCAAACAAAAUGUGAAAGAGUCUGUGAUUUUAGAAGGCUUUCGUACAGAGAUGACUUUAGCGCACUCAAGUGCGCUACAGCGCACAUUUUUUUUAAAUAAUAUUUUGUGUAACAUAACGAAGAAGAGCUUACAUUUUCUGCCCCCGGUAUUCGCAUUGUGUGGUCAUAUGCACCUAGUAAUUACGCGCAUUGGCUCAAUUUCGCAAUAUUACGCAAUUUCUACUUUUGGGGAUUUUUUCUUCAUAUUUUACUAAUAUAAAUGUGGUUUUUCAAAAAAUGUUUUUUGUUAUGUUACACAAAAUAUUGAUACAAAGUUUUUUUGACCAAAAUGGUAAAGUAUAACGAAGAAAAAAACAAAAAAACAACACAAAUACUCGGGUGCGCUAAAGUCAUCUCUGCUUUCGUAAUAUCUAAAUUGAAAGCAAAAACUACAAAUUUUAAGUAUUUUUAAUAACCUACAACAAAGCGCCAUCCGAAAAAUUAUUUUCCUAAUAAGAUGGCAAAAUGAAAAAAAAAAAAAAAAACAAAAACAAAAAACAAAAUGUUAGGCAACUCAAUUUUUAAAUGAUUUAUUUUAGUUAUAGGUAUUAAUCCAAAUAAAUGUCAUUGCAACCACACCGAAAUUGUUCAAAUAUUUGAAGAAAAAAACGUUGAAAUAAAUUGUAAAUCAAUCCAAA